AUGUCGUUUCCGUCCUACGCCCGAUUCUUUGUGGGAGUAAUGCACGUAAUUGUUUCCAGAAAUAUCGCCAUAAAGUACGGUAAUGACUCUUCGCAUGCGCAAAGCUUAAUACGGGAAGCGAAAGUUAUCCUCACUCAUAUUUCGCACCCGAACUGUAUAAAGAUUUUUGGAUUUUAUGAUUGCCCGAAGAAAGGAAUGGGUGUUGCAAUGGAAUUGAUGGAUUGCAACCUUGCUUACUGUGAGUAA